GUCACUUUAAAAGUUUUAUAGUUUAGUUUGGUACCAUCUGUCACAACCAUGGGGCAUCGCAAAAAUAAGACAUCAGGUGAUCAGGAAUCUAAGGAUGAAGAGACUGAAAAUAAUGCGCUGGGGAGAAAAAUGCGUCCGUCAUUGGGUCAUUCGCUCUCACGCUUAUUUGAUAGACUCGAUUUUAUUAUAUAUGGUGCAACUGGUUUUCAUGGCAAAAAUACUGUUCUUAUGGCUGCGAGUAUGAUAUGUUCUGGGAAAUGGGGUUUUGGUGGACGUGAUAAGGAAAAACUAAAUAAUCUAUUACUCGAAAUCAAUGGUAAAAACGAGGGCAGUUAUAAGAGGUGCAGAGUAUUCAUUGCAGAUACAUCGAAUACAACUUCUCUCAAAAAGAUGACAUCAAAAUGCCAGGUGCUUAUAAAUUGCUGCGGAUCAUAUAACCGCACUGCAGAAGAUAUAAUAAAAUCAUGCCUUUCAACUCGUACUCAUUACGUAGAUAUAUGUAAUGAUGUCCAUUUUUUGGAAUUAUUACAAUUGAAAUAUCACGAAGAAGCAAAGAGACGAAACGUAUACAUAAUAUUUGCCUGUGGUUUUAAAGGUUUACCAAUGGACGUUGGCUUUAACUUUUUAAGAGAUAACUUUGAUGGUACUGUGAAUUCUGUAGAAGCUCACACUCGUUAUGAUACCACUGCUCCAAUCAUAUGCCAACCAAUUAUAUCUGCAAGUUUAUGGGAGAGUUUUUUGAAAAACUGUAGUAGAAUUUUUCGAAGUUUUAGAGCGCAUCACAUGGCUAAAGUGCGAGAAUUUCGAAAUCUGGAACCAAAAACCACUUUUAGAUUUGGUAUUCAUAAGAACCGUGUCAUUGGUGGGCACUCUGCGGCUUAUCCUUUUUUGGAUCAACAAAUUGUUGAAAACUCGCAAUACUAUAUGUAUAAAAAGGAUCAUAAGAGACCAAUUCAAAUAAAUAACUAUAUUGCUUUCCGAUAUUUCAUUAUGACAUUGACAUUCAUUAUAUGGAACGUGACUUUAGCUGUGCUCUGUCGUUUCCAAUGGAUGCGAAUUUUUUUGUUGAAAUAUCCGCGCAUUUUUUCUCUUGGUUAUGCGUCACACGAUGGCCCCAAAGAAUUCUAUUCUGAGAAUUUAAUAUUUGACAUAACAUUAAAUGCAGUUGGUUGGUCUAGUAUAGAUGAUGAGGCAAACUUAACUAAUACACAGUUUCUCAGUCAGUGGGGUCUUCCAAGGAAACGAAUGACUAUAAAAAUACAAGGUAAUAAUCCCUUCUAUAAAGCAAGCCCUCUUUGUGUUUUAGCAAGUGCUUUAACAAUUUUACGUGAACGUGAUUUUAUGCCUUCAUUAGGUGGCGUGUAUUUUCCGGGUGCUGCAUUUGCUGAAACUAAUAUAGUGACUCUAUUGGAAAGAAAUGGAACUGGAAUCAUUUUUGAAGUUUUGAAUUGAAAAGCUCAAUUUCUUUUCUUGAAUAAUUAGUUAACAUGAUUUUAU